UUAUUAUGUACCAGGGAUCUGCUGCUGUGCUUAAAUGCAUUUUCUAAUGGAAAACAAACCAGUGUGCCCAUUUUGCAGAUGAGGAAACUAAUGCUAAGAGUUGGAGCGUCUUGGUUUGAGGUCCCCUGUGAGUUGGUGAAUGUCAGUCCACAACCGAAAAAGGGAGAGAUCUAUUCGUUCAUAGCAGUGUUCUUAAACUUUAGUGAGAAACAGCAUCUUAUGCGGCCCUUUUACAAAUACACAUUCUUGGGCCCCUCCCCCAGAUGUAUAAGUGAGUAGGUCUGGAGUAGGACCCAGGAGGUCAAGUGCAGCCUUGGUGGCAAAAAUCCCAAUAACACCUUGUGUACUAGCCUUGAGGAGGACUUGGAAAGCUUCACAAAGGAGGGCAUCCUUAAUCUGAGUCUGGGCAGGUGGAGGAAGAGUUUUCAUGAGGUAGAAAUGAAGCAAGAACAUUCCUGGCAGAGGGAACAGCCUAGGCAAAGCCAAGCAUAGAGAAUCGACUACAGUGGUGUACAUACAGAGUUCAGCAGAAUACUAAGUUUAUUUAAGUUGAUCUACUUAAGUAAACAGUGAAAUAGACAACCACACUAAAGACUUAUUGUUCCAUUAUGGAUGGAGGGGAUGAUGGUAACCUUGUUAUCAAAAAGAGGUUUGUGUCUGAGGCAGAACUAGAUGAACGGCGCAAAAGGAGGCAAGAAGAAUGGGAGAAAGUUCGAAAACCUGAGGAUCCAGAAGAAUGUCCAGAAGAGGUUUAUGACCCUCGAUCUCUAUAUGAAAGACUGCAGGAACAGAAAGACAGGAAGCAGCAGGAGUAUGAGGAGCAGUUCAAAUUCAAAAAUAUGGUAAGAGGCUUAGAUGAAGAUGAAACCAACUUCCUUGAUGAGGUUUCUCGGCAGCAGGAACUAAUAGAAAAGCAACGAAGAGAAGAAGAACUAAAAGAACUGAAAGAAUACAGAAGUAAUCUCAACAAGGUCGCAAUUUCUCCAGAAAACAAGAAGGAAGUAGAGAAGAAACUGCCUGUGAAACCCAUAGAAACCAAAAACAAGUUCUCCCAGGCGAAGCUGUUGGCGGGAGCUGUGAAGCAUAAGAGCUCAGAGGGUGGCAACAGUGUGAAAAGACUGAAAUCAGACCCUGACCCAAAUGACAAGAAUCAAGAGGCCUCCUCCUGUGUGUCUCUUGGAAGCACUUCUCUGAGCAAUCCCUCCAUCCACUGCCCUUCUGCUGCUGUCUGUAUUGGAAUCCUCCCAGGCUUGGGUGCCUACUCUGGGAGCAGCGACUCGGAGUCCAGCUCAGACAGCGAAGGCACCAUCAACGCCACUGGGAAGAUCGUCUCCUCCAUCUUCCGAACCAACACCUUCCUCGAGGCUCCUUAGCUCAUCUGUCCAUACCACAGGGGGCUCCUCCUCAAGAGUAGAUCAGUUUGGUCUGCCUACAGGCAUUACCUCCCUCAGAAAACUCCUUUGCCUGCUUCUUGUGCACACAGUAACAUCUCUAACCUAAUCUAAAAAUGUACCAGCAUCCACUUGUGGCCCAGAUUUGUGUUUGGUUUUUCUUUCCACUCCAGCGCAGAUGACCAAACUGAUAUGGUAGGUGAGGGGCAGGUCCCAGCAGAAAUUCCACCAAAAUGUCCUAGAAGGAUAGACACCGGCUGGCUUGCAAAGGGUUUGGGUUUUAUUGCUUUCUUGUGUUUUCCUUUCCCAACAGCACAAAAAAGCACGAGCAGUUAUUGAACAGGUAUUGUUUAAACAUUCUGUACAGAUGAGUGCAUUGUUUGGUUACACUGCGUUGUGGAGCAUGCGUGGCAAGAGAACUGACCUGGGUGAUGGAAGGGAGCGCUCCCCUGCACUAACCAUUUCUUAAAGUUGUGUGAUUAAGUAAAGAUCAUUAACUACAUCUGCAGGGGGUGCCACUUAGCACGCGUCGUUCAUCGUGGAGUUCUUCCUUACCCUUGACCAUCGUGGAGUUCUUCCUUACCCUUGACCAUCGUGGAGUUCUUCCUUACCCUUGACCAUUGCCUCUCCCUCCUUCCAGCUCACUGAUGUGGGUUGCUAGAAAAGGACUGGUAACAAGAGAGCUUUCCUCCUCUUCUCAUGCCUUUUCUCUGCCUGGCAAAUUAUUUUGGUUUUGGUUUUUAAAUAAAGGAUUUAGUUUAAGACUCUACA